AUGGAGUUUAUGAUGAUCAUCUGUUCGAUUCUUGCAGUUCUGUUAGGUGUUUAUGUCUUUGUAUUCCAAUUUCUGAAGGGAUUCAAUGAGUGGUAUUAUGUUGAUAGGCUUGGGAAAACACAAUACCCUCUCCCACCUGGAGAUAUGGGAUUGCCUUUCCUUGGCUCUCUCCCAGCCUUCCUCAAAGCUUUUCGAUCCGGUGACCCUGAAUCCUUCGUGCACAACCUUUUUUCCAAAUAUGGAAAGAUCGGUAUCUAUAAGACCUACUUGUUUGGAAGCCCCUGUGUUAUUGUUUGCAGCCCAGAAACAUGCCGAAGAGUUCUGACAGAUGACGCGAGAUUCAAACUUGGUUAUCCUAAGGCCACAACGAUCCUUGCAGGCCGUACAUCAUUCCACAACCUUUCAGGGUCUGAGCAUAAGCGCCUGCGGCGAUUAACCACAGCUCCUAUGAAUGGCCAUGAGGUGCUGUCCGGACAUAUUGACAUGAUCGAGGGCAUUGUGGCAACUGCAAUGGAAGAGUGGGCUAGCACGAAUAAGCCAGUUGAGCUCUUAACUGUGUUCAGGCGGGUUGGAUUUGAGAUCAUCACGAAGAUUUUCAUCAGCAGCUAUAGCGAAGCUGUUAUUUCCUCAAUAAAGAACUCGUACAGUGACCUAAGUACUGGAAUGAAGUCUCAAGUUAUUAAUCUCCCCGGAUCUGCAUUCCGUAGAGGUUUGAAGGCACGAAAGGAACUGAUCAAGAUCUUUCAGUCCAUACUAGAACAAAAGAAGGAAAUAAUCGCCAACAAUUCCAAUCAAACAGAGGCAAAAAAAGAUCUGAUGGAUUUACUUUUGGGAGUCAGAGAUGAAGAAGGUAGAGGAUUGGAGGAGGAGGAUAUCAUAGAUAUAUUGAUCGUGCUAAUGUUAGCUGGACAUGAAAGCUCCGCACAUGGUGCAACGUGGGCAGUCAUCUACCUGUCCCAACAUCCUGAGGUCCUUAGAAAAGCCAAAGAAGAGCAAGUGGAGAUCGUGAAGAGAAGACCUUCUACACAGAAAGGCCUGAGCCUUGACGAAAUAAGACAAAUGAAUUAUCUUUCCAUGGUAAUUAACGAGAUGUUGCGCAGAGCUAGUCUCUCAGUUUCACUUUUUAGAGAGGCCAAAGAGGACGUUAACCUCAACGGUUAUCUGAUUCCGAAAGGAUGGAAAGUUUUAGUCUGGAACAGAAGCGUUCAUAUGGAUCCCGAACUCUAUGAAAACCCAAAACAAUUUGAUCCUUCCAGAUGGGAUAAUAAUUAUAAGCCAAAAGCAGGGACUUUCCUUCCAUUUGGAGCAGGAGGUAGGGUUUGCCCUGGAAGUGAUCUGGCCAGAAUUGAGAUCAGCGUUUUCCUUCAUUGUUAUCUUCUCAACUACAGGGUGGAGUUACUUAAUCCAGAGUGCCCAGUGACACAUCUACCAAUAGCAAGGCCAGCAGAUCUGGGUCUUGCAAGGGUCAUAAAAGUCACAUAA